CUCCCACAGGAUGAAUUCCACCCCUUCAUUGAGGCGCUGCUCCCCCACGUCCGGGCUUUUGCCUACACCUGGUUCAACCUGCAGGCCCGCAAGCGCAAGUACUUCAAGAAGCAUGAGAAGAAGAUGACAAAGGAUGAGGAGAGGGCAGUGAAGGACGAGCUGCUGAGUGAGAAGCCAGAGGUGAAGCAGAAAUGGGCCUCGCGCCUCCUGGCCAAGCUGCGCAAGGACAUCCGGCCCGAGUGCCGCGAGGACUUUGUGCUCUCCAUCACGGGCAAGAAGCCCUCGUGCUGUGUCCUCUCCAACCCCGACCAGAAGGGGAAGAUGCGUCGCAUCGACUGCCUGCGGCAGGCGGACAAGGUGUGGCGGCUGGACCUGGUGAUGGUCAUCCUCUUCAAAGGGAUCCCUCUGGAGAGCACCGACGGUGAGCGCCUGGUCAAGGCGGGCCAGUGCACCAACCCCAUCCUCUGUGUCCAGCCCCACCACAUCAGCGUCUCUGUCAAGGAGCUCGACCUCUACCUGGCUUACUUCGUCCGUGAGAGAGAUGCAGAGCAGAGCAGCAGCCCCCGGACGGGCAUCGGCUCAGAUCAGGAGGACAGCAAACCCAUCACGCUGGAUUCAACAGACUUCCAGGAAAGCUUCGUCACCUCAGGGGUGUUCAGUGUCACCGAGCUCAUCCAGGUGUCCCGAACGCCGGUGGUGACGGGCACAGGGCCCAACUUCUCCCUGGGGGAGCUGCAGGGUCACCUGGCCUAUGACCUGAACCCCUCCAGCACCGGCAUGAGGAGGACACUGCCCAGCACCUCCUCCAGCGGGAGCAAACGGCACAAGUCGGGGUCCAUGGAGGAUGACAUCGACACCAGCCCGGGGGGCGAGUACUACACCUCCUCCAACUCCCCCACCAGCAGCAGCCGCAACUGGACAGAAGACAUGGAAGGGGGCAUCUCCCCCACAGUGAAGAAGACGGAGAUGGACAAGUCCCCGUUCAACAGCCCAUCUCCCCAGGACUCCUCACCCCGGCUGAGCAGCUUCACGCAGCACCACCGUCCCGUCAUCGCGGUGCACAGCGGUAUUGCUCGGAGCCCACACCCAUCGUCUGCGCUGCAUUUCCCCACCACCUCCAUCCUUCCCCAGACGGCCUCCACCUACUUUCCGCACACGGCGAUCCGGUACCCGCCUCAUCUCAACCCGCAGGACCCGCUCAAAGAUCUCGUCUCCUUGGCCUGUGACCCGUCCAACCAGCAGCCCGGACCGUUAAAUGGAAGUGGUCAAGUGAAGGUGCCCAGCCACUACCUGCCCACACAGAUGCUGGCGCCGCCACCUCCCCCUGGCAUGCCCCGCUUGGCCGUCUCUCCUGACACCAAAUCCACCACGACAACCACGGAGGGAGGGACGACCUCACCGACAUCACCCACCUACUCUGCACCAGGCACGCCCCCUGCGAACCGUUCCUUCGUGGGAUUAGGACCAAGGGACCCUGGGAGUAUCUAUCAGGCACAGGGGUAG